CGUUGCAGUGAAACACGUGUUGUCGGAAGUUCCUCCACUGUUGUGGUCUUCUUCUCUGGUGGGGGGGGGACAUGUGACUCCUCGAUGGCUUCACUGAGCACCCGUCUGCUGGUGCUACGAGCCGCCAGCCUCCACCGGAGCCCCGUCCACAGAUGGCUCUCCACCAGGGUCGGUGCUCCGGGGCGCAGGAACGUCCUCCUCAUGGGUCCCCCCGGGGCAGGGAAGACCUCGGUGGGGAGGACCGUGGCCCGCACGCUGGGACUCCCUGUCAUCGAUGUGGAUGACGACGUCUUGGAGACCACGUGGAAGAUGCCCGUGGCUGCAAAGCUGGCGGCCGUGGGGGGGCAGCGGUUCCUGGAGGAGGAAGGUCAGGCCCUGUGCGGCUUGUCCGCCUCCGGGUGUGUCGUGUCCCUCACGGGCUCGAACCCGCUCCACGCCGAGGCGAUGCAGCACGUGAGGCGGAGCGGCGUGGUCGUGUACCUGGACGUGGACCUCGAGGACAUCAUGCUGAGACUCACCAGGAUGAAGGUGGACCGGAUAGUGGGUCAGGAGGCGGGGGCGGGGGCGUCCCUCUGGGACAUUCUGCUCUACAGGAAGCAGUUCUAUGAGAAGUGGCUGGACGUGCGCGUGCUGUGUGGGACAGGGGACACGGUGGAGGACGUGGCCGAGAAGGUAGUGAAGGCUGUGGAGAGAUAUGAAGGUCACGCUGCAGACACCUACGUGUCCACCAGGGGGGACAGCGGGGGGUCCACCCACUUCAGUGAUGUUGUUGUAGAGGGUCUGGCCACAGAUGGAGGCCUCUACGUCCCCAGAAGUGGAAUCCCACAGCUCGAUGCUGGGGAGUGGCGGAGACUGGUGGACAUGUCCUACCCAGAGAGAGCGCUGGUUCUACUUGAGAAGUGCAUCCACCCACUGGACGUCAGCGCUUUGGACCUCAGGACGAUGGUGUUCAAGGCCUAUGGGUCGAACUUCUCCAGUGAGGAGGUGGCACCUGUCAAACAUCUCCACCUCAACCAGUACGUCCAGGAGCUUUUCCACGGCCCCACGGCUUCCUUCAAAGAUCUCGCCUUGCAGCUGAUGCCCCAGCUCUUCGCCUACUGCCUCCCGCCCAUGUGCAACUACCUCAUCCUGGUGGCCACGUCCGGGGACACCGGGAGCGCAGUGCUCAGCGGCUUCAGGAGCCUCGCCGGGGCUGACCGACAGAAGACCGGCGUGCUGGUGUUCUUCCCGGAGGAAGGAGUCAGUGAGAUCCAGAAGCUGCAGAUGAUGAGCUACAGGGAGGGCAACGCCAGGGCCGUCAGCGUCCUGGCCGACUUCGACUUCUGUCAGAGGAGCAUCAAGAGGAUGUUUGGAGAGAGCGGGCUGACGGGGCACCUCGCCGUGGAGUACGGGACCGUCCUCAGCACCGCCAACUCCAUCAACUGGGCCCGGCUGCUGCCACAGCUGGUGUACCAUUCCUCAGGCUAUCUGGAUCUGUGCCGGGACGGUGUUAUCACGUUCGGGGAGCCCGUUGAUGUUUGCAUCCCGACCGGCAACUUUGGCAACGCCAUGUCAGCUCUGUACGCCAAGCGCAUGGGCGUCCCGAUAAGAAAAGUCAUCUGUGCGUCCAACCACAACCGCAUCGUCACCGACUUUAUCACCACGGGCCAGUAUGACCUCCGGGGGCGGCCGCUGAUGCUCUCCCACUCCCCGGCUAUAGAUAUCCUGAAGUCCUCCAACCUGGAGAGGUUUAUCUACCACGUGUCAGACGGAGACAGUCGACUCGUCAGGGACCUGUUCACACGCUUGGACAGGCAGCAGCACUUCCAGGUUCCUGAGCCUCUUCUUGGCAGGAUACAGCAGGAGGUGCUGGCUGGCUGGUGCUCUGAGGAGGACUGCCUGGCCGCCAUCCAGAGGGUUCACACACAGACGGGCUACGUCCUGGAUCCACACACCGCCGUGGCUAAAGUGGUGGCAGACAGGCUGCAGGACGGCUCGUGCCCCGUGGUGCUUUCUUCCACCGCGCACUACGGGAAGUUUGCUCCCGCUGUGUUCAAAGCUUUACGAAUCCCAAAUCUUCCAGAGGAUCCCGUCGAGCAGCUGAAGAAGCUCGGCUCGACCGCGUCCAGACCUGAAAUGCACGGAGAGAUGAUGAAAUGCCUGAAGGAACGCAGCAGGGGGGGGCACACUGUGUGUCAGGCGGAGUACGGUGUGCUGGUGGAGGAGGUGGAGAAAAUGAUAAACGACUCCUUCCUCAAAGUUAUGUAGGUUUAUUUGACCUGCUCCAAGGAAAUCAUGUUUUUAAUCCCAUGUUGGUUUGUUUUUCAGCAGGAUUACGAUAAAUUUACAUUAAUGAAAUGACCUGAAACGUCCGGAGAGAUCUCGUAAAAUAAGAAAAAACAAUUCGCUAGGUUCAAACAUAAGAAUAAAAGCAAGCUUACUAAUAAAAUAAAUACAUUUCAUAUAUCAAUUAUAAUAAAACAGAAAGAUUAAAGAAAGAAAUACCAGAUAUAAACAGGUAUGAUGAUAAUUUGAUCAUCAAAAGGCCAAAUCCUGCCCCAGCCUUUAGCAUUUCAUUCUACUGUCACAGAUCUCUAAUGUGGUUUCAAGCUGGAUUGAAAGCCCAUUGAUUACACAACAUCUCUAAACAUCAUUAUCUAGAAUCCCGGCCCACUAGAGGGGGGUGUCUGCUUAGCCACUGAUGGGUGGGAACACUGGUACCUGCUACAGGAUCCAUAUACCUAAAUAUUACCUAAAAGGGAAUUCCUGGCUAAGUCAGAGACCAUUAGACAAUUUAAAUCAAAAUCUACUGAGAUAAUCAUUUUCUUAAGUUUAACUUGUACUUAAGGAUUGAUCGUGUGAUUGUGUAGUUUAAUUUGAUCGAACUCUCUUGUGUUACAUAUUUUACAGUUAUAAGAACUGAUAGGAAAAUUACAUAAAAACACGUUUCUAUUUAUCAAAAUGUGCCAAUUAUUAUCUUAUUAGUAAAAAAUGAAAAACUAGGUAAACCAUAGAAAACUGUGAAAAAAAUAGGAAACGAUUAAAAGCCUUUUGAAGAUCGUACAGAUGUUACAGAUGAGAAAAAACAAGAUAUAGAUCAGAAGUUGGAUAAAGCGCACGUAUAAAAAGUGAAUUUUAUAGACAUUUAUUAAACCUCUCAGAGUAGAGGGGGUGAAAAACCUUUGGUAUAUGACUCUUUCAAAAUAAGACAUUUCCUGUGUCUUUUUAUUCUUUGGAUAAAUACAGAAUAAAAUCGGUAGUUUGACAUUUCAGAAGAGAAUUUAUACCACCACCUAUGUUUAAUAUAAACUGAUGUACUGCCGUAAAUAUCCAACCAGUGUAAAUGUCAACGUGAAUGACAGUGUUAGGAUUUUGUCUUUUCAUUGAUUCCUCUGAUUCAUGUCAUUUUAAUGUCCCUGGAUUCUGGACUGAAGCUUCAUUGCAGCUGAUGCUGGAUGUGAUUUAAAUGCAUGUUAUUGGGAAACACUCUGCAGAGGAAGUGGCUGAAAUUACAGCCUGUGUUUCCUCCUGACCUUAUCAACCAGGAAGGGCAGCGUGACCCCAGAAACACCCGAGACUGGAAACUGAUAGAUUUCAGAUGACACUCACACCAGGAACCAUGCAUCUGCUGUUUCAUCUGCAAGGACAUGAACCUUCAUAUGGACACAGAAACAGAUUCUAUAUUUUCUCAAUGCUUUAUAAUACAAAUAUAUAUUUUACUGAUGUGAA